AAUGAACACCAGUUUACAGGAGAUAUGAGUCGGUUAGGUUGUGUUUAUUAUGGUAGUGUGGUGUUUAAUAAAAAUAGAGGUAAUAAUCAUGGUAUAUAUUUAAUAAAGAACGGAGUCGGCGGUUUGUCAGCUGCGGUUACCAAUGGCGACAGGAACGCCGUGGUUUAGCUAGCAGAGAUUAGCCACUCUGGUUAAUCUCAUUCAUCUUGAAUGUUGUUUUAAUCAUGACUUCCAAGAAGAAGAAAGGACUGCGAGGUUCUGUAGAUGACGUUUUGGGGGAUCUGCUGGGUGACGACUCUGAUGAACUUCCGAUCAAGCCCAGAUCUUCCGCUGGAGGCCUUGGCAGGCCAGCAGGGCUCUUGCGAACACAAAGUGGCAAGAGGAAUCUGCUGGAUGAUGAUUUCUUCAACAAACUGGUAGAGGAAGUCCAGAAAGAUGAGGAGGACUCUGAGGUGUCCGAGGCAGAUCCUAAAGCUUUGCUGGAGAGCAUGAAGGACAUUGAUGGUAUGGACGCUGAUCUGUUUGGCUCGAAAAGGAACCCCGGUUCUGCCCCGCCUCAGAGAACCACCACCAGAAAUGAAGGAUCUAAACAAGAAGUUACCACACUAGGAGACCAGACCAAACCUAACCCUGCAUUAAAUGUUGCUGAGCCAGAGGAGAGGAAGACCAGCUCUGCUCCAGCUGCUCCAGUUAGAAACUACAAGAAGUUCAGCUUUUUGGAGGAGGAUGCAGUUGAAUUCACACCUGCCAAACAAGAUGACGUUGAUGAUAAUCUGGAUGACCUGCUGGAUGAUCUGGAUCCAGAGCGAACGAAGAGUGGUCCAUCAGGGAAAACAGUGAAGCAAAAUUCAGCUUCUCCAGUGAGAAAGAAGAACGAGCAACAAGUGAUACCUGCUGAACCUGCCCCUAAGAAACGAGAAGAGUUGAUGUUUGACGAUGAUGAAGACGACCUGAUGGACACACUAGGCUUUAAUGACACCCCAAAGAGCAGAGGCAGCAGACUUACCCCAAAGAAAGAGAGCGAGACUCCUCAGAGAGCACGCACCAGACUGGAUGAGAUUUUGGGAAUUGGAACUGCCCCUCGUCUGCUGGAGAGACCUGUAACCGGUGAGAAAAAAGACGCAACCCAACCAGAGAGAGAAACAGACAAACCAGCACAGAAGAACUCAGCUGGCAAAGACACUAAAGAUCCGAUGUUUGGAGAUGAGGACUUCACGUUUGGCUCAUACCAACCCACGGUGGCGUCAACCCCAGAGGGACGCACCUCCCGCAGACAAUCUGUACGAUUCUCCACCGAGGACGUCAGCUCUUCUUCUCCAGAGCGCAAGCCCAAACUCAACACCUCCUCUUCCGCAACAUCCACCAUAAUAACCUCUACACGACCAAGCCGACCAGCCUCAGACUGGCUUGGUCUGAACCAAGACGACGAUGAUGAGGAGGACAACAGGCAGAAGAAAGAGACGGCACCCCAGAGCCUAAAGCCUCCUCCAUCUCACGGAGGAGAAAAAGCAUCUAGAGCGACCCCAAAGUCUGCUGAGGAGCUCAGAGCUGUACCCAGCUCUCCGGAAACCUCUAGAACCACAGCGGAGAUCAGAAAGAAGGAGGAGGAGGAAAGCAAGGAGGAAGAGGGAGACUGGCUGGCAGGCGCUCUCAAUAAAAAGAAAGUUCAGGCCGAGGUGAGAGAGAGGAGGCAGGAGGAAUCACUGGGACUUGGAGAGGAGAUCGACCUGGACAUGUUCCUCAGCAAGCGAAACACCACCCCAGUUACACGCAGGAGGCAGGAAGAUCCCCCUGGACCUCCCAGACAGCCCAGCAGUGAGUCUCUGGUUGUCUCUGGCAAACCGCAGAGCCCCCCGCUGGCCCCAAACUCUAGCACAGAAGCCCCUCAAGCACACGAGUUCCAGCAGAACCCUAUAGGAGUGAGAGCUGCUCCUGCCCAGCAGGUAUCACUCAGUACUGAUGGUCUUCAGCAACUCCUACUGCAGCAGCAGCUGGCUCAGGCUCAGCUGUGGGGUUUGGGAGCACAGCUUGAUCCGGGAUCAGUACAGAAGCAGAGAGAUGCAGCGCCACCCAGUGGAGAUGUGACUGCACUACAGGUCAAGAUUAUGCAGCUGGAGGGACAGGUGAGGAGUCUCCAGCUGGAGAAGGAUCAGCUCCAGAUGCUCCUGGACAGUGUCCAGCAGAGACACAAACAGGACACAGAGCUGAUGGAGAGUGCACACAGAUCUCGAGUGAAGCUCCUGGAGGAGUGUGCAGCUCAGCGGGAGACACGGGCACGGAUGGAGAGCCAGGAGCUGUCUGAGAGGCUGGAGGCGGCGAUGGCGCUAAUGCAGAAGGAGAGGGCGGAGCUUCAGGAGCAGUACCAACGCAGGCUGGCACAGUGCCAGCAGGAGAGAGACCGAGAAGUGGAGAGACUCAGAGAACUCCAGAGAAAGUCCAUCCUGGAGAUGAAGAAAGAUCACGAGGAGCAGGUCCACAGACUCAGGAGACUAAAGGACGAGGAGAUAGACGCAGUAACCAGUGCUACCUCACAGACCAGGUCUCUAACAGUGAUUAUAGAGCAGAUGGAGCAGUUCUCUCACAGGUUGGGUGAUCUCUCAUCUCGUAUAGAGAGCACUCAUGAAAGCACCACUCAGGGCCUGGAGCUUGGGGCACGACAAAGAGACGAACAACUGCGAGUGCUGCAGGAGCGUCUGACUCAGCAGCAGAGGGACAUGGCCGAGGAGAGAAGCCGACUCAAGGAGGUCAUAGCCAGGAUGGACACACAGCUGGCCGAGCAACAGAGGCAGCUUCAACAGGAGCGCUGGCGAGCAACCGGAGAACAGGCUAAAGCUGAGUCAGCAUUGCGAGGUCUGGAGGAGGAGAGACGCACCAUGACUCAACACUUCACCCUGGAGAGAGAGGAGCUGGACAGAGCUAAGAACUCACUAUUGGAGGAGCAGCAGUCAGUAAUGCAGCGCUGUGCAGAGGAGAGGAGGAAGCUGGCGGCUGAGUGGUCACACUUCCACGCUCAGGACAAACUACGCAAGGAGAGAGACGUGGACCGAGAAGGUCACAUCUUCAGCAUAGCACAGGAGCAGGCUGAUCUAAAGCUGAAAGCUGCAGAGCUGAAGCAGAGAGAGGACGCUGCUCAGAAGGAGCGAGAGAACCUGGAGAAGCUCAGGGAUGAUCUACAGAGAGAGAAGGAACGACUGAGUGCAUCGGCUUUACGACUAAAAAACCGAGCUCAGGAGGUGGAGAACCUGAGCCAGCUGGCUUGUGAGAGGUAUGAGGAGGGUGAGCGGGCAGUGCAGGAGGCCAGGCAGGUGGAGGUCGGACACCAGACUCGACUGCGCACCAUCCACACAGAGAUGGAUCGACUCAGGAAGCAGGAACACAGCCUACAGCAGGAGCGGAUGAGGAUGACAGAUCAUCGUAGAGAGGUGGAGAGAAUGAGAUCCGGCCUUCCCAUUAAUCCCGUACCUCCUCCUGUUGAUCCUUUACUAACACAGAGUUUAGGUUUCUCUCCAGUGUUUAGCAGCACAGCGGUUCUUCCUCCUCCACCGGUGUCCAGUGCUAUUUCUCCCAAACUACAGGCCACAAUCGCUUUGCUACGCCACACAGCUGAGAAGGACCGGGACUUUCUUGAGGAUGAGCAGUUCUUUCUAGAUACGCUGAAGAAAGCACCGUACGAGUCAACUUUACAUACAUGACCCAAAAUACUGGUGCAAAGCUUCAAUAAUGUUUACACUCCUUAAUAAACAGCCCACCCUUUUUAACUUCA